UCAGUUGGGGAUUUGUUGCCGGGGCAUAAUUUCAUACCAGUAUUUAAGCUUGAUACCCAAUCGCCACGCACGAGACUCGAGUGGCCAUUCUUUUUUUCGAUUCAACGGCGUCUUUGACUUCUUCUUCCUUUUCUAUAAAUACGAUCGGUACAUCUCAAACAAUUGAGCAGCAAUGUCGACAACCACCACCACCACUACGACAGCCCAGCCGAUUACGGCUGAAGCCAUGCUUCGUCUCUUCCCAGACAUCGACACCACCAGCGAGGCACUGACGGGCCACGACGAGGAGCAAAUCCGCCUGAUGGACGAGGUCUGCAUCGUCACGGACGAAAACGAUGCGCCCAUUGGCACUGCGAGCAAGAAGAUUUGCCACUUGAUGACCAACAUCGACAAGGGCCUCUUGCACCGUGCCUUUUCCGUCUUCCUCUUCAACGACAAGAACGAGCUGCUGCUCCAGCAGCGCGCCACUGAGAAGAUUACGUUCCCCGACAUGUGGACCAACACCUGCUGCUCGCACCCUCUGAGCAUUCCCACCGAGACUGGCGCAAACCUGGUCGACUCCAUCGCUGGAGCGAAGCGUGCUGCCCAGCGCAAGCUGGAGCACGAGCUGGGCAUCAACAAGGAGCAGGUGCCCUUUGAGGAUUUCCACUUCCUGACCCGAAUCCACUACAAGGCUCCUAGCGACGGCAAAUGGGGCGAGCACGAGAUUGACUACAUCCUCUUCAUCAAGGCCAACGUCGACCUCAACAUCAACGAGAACGAGGUGCAGGCCGUUCAAUACGUCUCCCCCGAGAGCCUCAAGAAGCAGUUUGAAGACCCCAGCCUCAAGUUCACUCCCUGGUUCAAGCUGAUCUGCAACUCGAUGCUCUUCCAGUGGUGGGAGAGCUUAGACUCUGGUCUGGACAAGUACACCAACGAGCAGGAGAUUCGACGCAUGCUGUGAGUCUCCAGGUUUAAUUAACAAGAAUACGAAUACGAUGUAAGAGGGAACGUAAUGUGGAUGAGCGAGCGAAUGCGGCACAAUGUGUGUUUGCCCUCAAGGAAGACGACGAUACAAAUGAUGGAAGCUACUGGGGUUCAAUAUACGGCUAGAUUUGCUUGUGUCUGUUGAGAAUCUUUACUAGAGUAUUUCCUAGAGCAAAGUUAGAUGCGGGAGCGUCAUACAUGUAAUCAAGAUAUCAAUACGCGAAUCAGUGCAGAUGGCAUCAGAUGAAUUACGUGGCAUCGACGCAGUUGCAGGGAAUCUCUUUGUGAAACUCGAAAGUUUGAGAUUUGUUACACGCAGGUGGC